AUGGAUGGAAAAUCGGUUGGCACAAUCUCAGCACGGGGGAUCUCGCGUUGGAAAGUCUACGUGGACGGCGUGGCCAACCAAAAAGGAUCGGGAAUUGGGCUAGUUCUAAUAUCGCCCGAAGGUAUUGCCAUUGAAAAAUCGCUAAGACUCGGGUUCUCGGCUACGAACAACGAGGCCGAGUACGAAGCUUUACUUCAAGGAAUGAUGAUGGUUCAAAAAUUGGGCGGAAAGGCAAUGGAAGCAUUCUCGGACUCCAAAUUGGUAGUUGGCCAAGUAAUGGGUGAGUUAGAAGCUGGAGAUGCUAGAAUGCAAGAGUAUCUCGGUCGAGUCAAACGCUUGCAAUUAGACUUUGAAUCCAUUAAUCUGACGCAUGUUUCCAGAAGUGGGAACACACAUGCAGAUUCGCUGGCCAUUCUUGCCACAUCCUUUGCACAUGAUCUGCCACGAAUGAUCCUUGUUGAGGAUUUAUGCCAGACAAGUUCAACUGGAAGAGACACAGCUCGGAUCCAUCAGAUUAGAAAGAAUCCCAGCUGGAUGGAUGCUAUAAUGAACUUCCUCAAAGACGAUACGUUACCAGAAGGGAAACUGGAGGCCGAGAAGAUACGGAGGAAUGCUCCUCGGUUCUGGCAAGCUAUACUGGCGUUCCUAUUCUGGCCCAUACCUAUUAUGUAUACACCCAGAGGAAUCCGAAUCCUUGCUCGAAGAACUACAUAA